CUUCAUUAUAAUUAAUUUCCUUUUGGAUGAUCACCAAAUACUCUCCCACUUUAACAGCACUACACCAAAACUAAACAAACAAAAAUUGCAGAACUAUGAAGAUAUCUUCCAUUGUUUUUUCCAUCUUCUUCACCGCCAUCUCUUGCUUAUCAAUUCUUGCGAAUUCGCAGACCGAUUCUUGCAAUUCCAAUCUGAAUUUGAACAGGCAACUUCCGUUCGAUGUUACUUCUCUUCACUGUGCUUCUGUAUGGAAUACUCAAAAUUUCAUACUUCGAUAUGUGCAAACAUCUCCAGGUUUAUGGAGCUUCGUCCUUUCUGCACCCGACACAAGUUCUUUCGUAGCAAUGGGAUUUUCAGUGGACGGUCUAAUGGUAGGAUCCAGCGCAGUUGUGGGUUGGAUAUCGGAUACGGAUGGAUCCGCAAAUAUAAAACAGUACUUCUUAGGAGGACAAAAUCCAACUCGAGUACAACCUGACAGUGGAAAUCUAAAUAUUACAUAUUCCAUGCUUAUAUCUCAAUCAUCGCGUCUGUACUUAGCUUUUCAGUUAAGCACCGAUCAGCCAUCUUCUCGGCUAAUUUACUCUGUCGGACCUGUCGGUAUAUUACCGUCGGCACCGAGUUAUCGGUUGACCGAACACCGUGACAAGGUGCCUACUGUUUUAAAUUAUAAUACAGGUCAAACAAGCAAGGAGAGUCCACAUGGUAAACUAAGAAAGAGCCACGGAAUACUGAACAUGGUUGGUUGGAGUAUUGCAAUGAUAAUAGGAGGAAUAGUUGCUCGUUAUUGCAAGGAAUGGGAUCCAAUUUGGUUCUAUGUGCAUAUUGGAAUUCAAAGUUUGGGAUUUACAUUAGGCAUAGCAGGAGUUAUUUGUGGAUUUGUCUUAGAAGAUCGUCUUAAUGCUCAUGUUUCUACCCACAAAGGCCUUGGAAUAUUCGUUCUUGUUCUUGGAUCCCUCCAGUUGAUGGCAAUUUUGGCUAGACCAGACAAAUCAUCAAAGGUGAGAAAAUAUUGGAACUGGUAUCACCAUAGUGUGGGGAGACUUCUGAUGGUAUUUGCAAUAGCAAAUGUGUUUUAUGGAAUCCAUUUAGGUGAAGCAGGAACAAGUUGGAAUGCUGGUUAUGGAAUUGCUCUUGCUAUCUUAUUUUUAAUUUCUGUUAUUCUAGAGUUUAGGGUGUGGAAGAGAAAAUAAUUAUUGUUAUUAUUAUUUCUUUUUAUUAAUUAUAUUUAUCUUUAGUUAUGUAUUUUUUGAAAUGUUGAAAAUUUUUAGUAUUUCAGACUUCAAGAACAGUUGGAGAUGUGGACCAGAAAUGUAUUUAACUUUAUUA